AUGGCCUGGGUCGAUUCAAUGUCAGUCGCUAUACGGCGACCACUGCUUGCCUUUGCGCUGCUGCUCGCGCUACACCAUGGCUUCAUGGGCAGUUCCGGCCCCGUGGCCAUGGGGGCUGAUGCCAGCCCAAACAACGCGCUACGCAACUGCACCAGCGAAUAUACUCCCAUCAUCUCAAACAUUAUAGAUGGCAAAUACUCCUCAGCAACCACAUGCAAUGCCAUUCUCAACUUGACCAACUGCAUCGUCGAUGCCAUAGAGCAAAACAGUACCGACGCAGACGCUAUGCGGCUGGCCCAGGUACUGGUCAUGGACGUGGGCACCUCCAACGAGUGCAGCGAGGCUCUAGCCAUUAUGUGGGCCAUCUUUGACCCUUACGCCAAGCUUGACAUCAACGCAACUCUAGUCGUUCCUGAUCUCGCUUACAACCCAGUUACCGGUUAUACCAUGUGCAGCGCCCUGGACAUGGACGGAAACACAUAUACCCUGGCCAAGGCCACGGGUCUGGACAACAGUCCGUAUGCCGGAGUCACUGGCAAACUGGCCAGCUGCUCCGAUAGCAGCAACUGCGUGGGCAUCUUCCGUGCUUCGCCUUGCCUACCGCAGACCUGUGGCAUUGAUCUCGAUGGUAAUUCGUCCCUUUGCCAGCGUGGCCAAGUGAGCUCAAGCUACCUCGUCGGCCUUGAGGCCGAUCUCAGCUUGGGUGACUUUGGAAAAGGCACCUGGCUGCGCACCAUGGACGGAAGUUUGCAAAUUAGCUACACCCAGCAACACGAGACGCUCAGUAUUCCCUUUAGCUCAACAUUCUUGUCAUCCUUGGCCAUGGGCCUUGGCCUAGACCCUGCAGUCUUUUCCGAAGUCGUCUCCAACAUUGCUUCGCUUUGGACGAUUACGCGGCUACGGUUGACCUGUGAUCCCGGCAACUAUGGUCCAGCCAUGUUUGAGCCCAUUGCAAAUCCCCAGAUUGAUGGUGUGAUUGUUUCUCAGGUGCUGACGAUCAAGCACGGGUGUGCUUGUGCUGACGCUCACCCAGCCUUUUGUGAGGCCACUCCCAUCUCCGUCAGCAACGCUCUGGCCUCCUGUCACGUGUGCGUACCUGUCUCUGCUUGA